UGAACCUUAUUUCAGUUUUGUUCAACGCAAGUUGAGAUGAACAACUGCGCUGGACGAUCUCUAUUCACCAUUCACUUCCCCCUUCCUCCAUUCACCAGUCCCGCGCCUAUGUCCCAGUACUCACACAGGUUCAGCUUCGCUCCCAGCUCGAGAGGAGAAGUCGGCGAGGGUGUUGGUUAUGUCAAUCCCCCUGGGUGGUCAGCAGAUCUGAAACAGGAGGAACUGCUGGAAGACCCGAAGGAUCAAGUGGAAAUAACUCCCAGCUUGCCUCAGGUCGGGAAUAGAAAGACUCAGCUAAGUGCUGCUAUAAUUAUUCCCAUAUGGAUCGCCCUUUCAUCUGCGGUAAUUCUGUACAACAAAUAUCUGUACACCAAUCUUGCUUACUCAUAUCCUGUAUUCAUCACCGCCUAUCAUCUCGGUUGUGCCGCCCUUGGAACACGAAUCCUGCGCGCUACGACAAAUCUGCUCGAUGGACUGGACAAGAUAGAAAUGACACGAGAGUUAUAUCUCAGGUCCAUAUUACCUAUUGGCGUCCUCUUUUCCGGGUCGCUCAUCUUGAGUAACACAGCAUACUUGACAUUAAGCGUGUCAUUCAUUCAAAUGCUCAAGGCUUUCACCCCCGUGGCUAUCCUCCUCAUCUCUGCCGCUUUCAAACUUCAGGUGCUCAACUCUAGAUUGAUAUUAAUCGUGUUACUCAUCUCCACUGGCUGCGUUUUAGCGGCUUACGGCGAGUUGUAUUUUGAAAUGUUUGGCUUCAUUUGCCAAGUUAGCGCCGUGGCCUUUGAGUCGUCCCGCCUCGUCAUGAUUCAGAUUCUCCUCCAAGGCCUCAAGAUGGACCCACUCGUGUCACUCUACUAUUACGCUCCUGUAUGCGCCAUUAUAAAUGCUUUCUUCAUACCCUUCACAGAGGGUUUUGCGCCUUUCCGACAUUUUUUACGCGUAGGGCCUUUGAUUAUGCUUUCAAAUGCAGCUGUGGCCUUUGGACUCAACGUCGCGGCUGUGUUUUUGAUCGGUGUAGCAGGAGGUUUGGUGCUUACUCUGGCUGGUAUCUUCAAAGAUAUUCUGCUGAUAUCAUCAAGUUGUAUCUUUUUUGGAAGUCCUAUCACCCGUAUUCAGAUUUUUGGGUAUUCUUUGGCCCUUGUUGGACUGAUGGCUUAUAAAACCUCGUCUAGCAAGUAGAAAUGUACAGUCUUCAUGUUAUCAAAUUUCAAAGGUAUCAGCCGGCUAUUCUAACUACCUUUGGUUUGCUCUCACUAUAAGGAGUGCCUUUGAGCAGCGAAUAAAAGGGGGUCUGAUCCGUAUCCGUUUCCCUUUGGCGUCCCUUUGUGGAAAGUUCAUCUGCUCGCGAUAACUGUCUAUUUCACUUCUAACCUUG